AUGCAUAAAACAUUCAAGUAUAUUCAAAGUUCCCCAAAAAUCUGGUGGCUUAUCAUCACUUUCCUCGCUCGAAUUGUAAGUUCCUGGGGAUGUCCAACCCACUUCAAGACUGGCACCGUGCCCAGUUACCCCAAGGCCUACCAAUUGCUCCACGGCGCACGGGCCCUGCAGCCCAGCGAGCGCUUGGCCGACAUUUUCGGUGAGGCCCUGGAGGGGACCCUGGUGGCUGUGAAGCAACCAUUGCUGCGAAUCUCCUGCCCUUGCGAAGUGCUGUCUGCUGGAUUUCUGCCCGAAUCGCAGGAUUUGCUGUUGGUGACGAAAGGAAACAUCACCAGUUUCAAGGACGAUGAGGUCAAAGUGCUCGGCGAUGACGUUGAUAGCCCAGUCUUCUGGUUCUGGCGCCUGAGAUCCAGCGACGCCUGGUCGCUGGAGAAGGCCACCUUAUUGGCGCGCACCUGGCCUCUCGCAAGCAACAAACUCUUGCAGCAGGUGUGGGAGGAAGAGAAAGAUGCGGAAAUCGAAAAUUAUAGCCCUUGGAGCAAAGAAGAGGUUGAGGAGCAGAAACGCAGCGGCAUCAUCAAGCUCUCAGCCAAGAUCACCGACAGCGCGGCCAUCUUCAUGAGGGUUCACGACGAGUCCUAUGCAGUCUUCAGUUGGAAUCAGUCCGACUACUUCGGCGGUUGCGGGUUCUUGGAGCGUCUGGAGUUGGAGACGGGCAAGGUCUCCAGGCUUGGGGGGCUGUGGGAUGCCUGGGAUAUCGCCACGGACCCGUCGGGCCAGUGCUUCUACACCAGCUGCUACGAUGGUACUGAUGUGCACCGAAUAGCGGCCACGGUGACCGAGCCUUCCACUGAAAGGAACACUCAAAUCCUAUCCCAAGCAGUAGGCCUGAAAUUUCACCUGUGCUAUGACGCUUCGUUGAAGGUCCUUGUGGCUUCAGGCGGAGAGGGCGCCUGCUGUUUUCUGCUGGCGCCUCCAGGCCAAGGAAGUGGGGUGAUGAAGAUGAAAGGAGCUGAAGUGGCACAGUCCAUCCGCCCAGAUAAUGAUGACCACACUCCAGGAGAUAAGACGUCCCCAUGGGAGACGGUGAAAAUGCCUCUCCCAGAGAAAAAGAGCGUGGACGAUGUCAGGGGGUUCUAUGCAGACAAUGGUUGCCUCACCUUCGUGGACAAGGAGACUGGACAGGUCUGUAUGGUCGACCUCUUCAAAGGGACCAGCGAGCUGAUUCCAAGCGGCUCGCCCGUCCAAUACGUGGCCCGUUGCGGUGAGCUCCUGGCCAUCUUCACGGCGUCAUGACCGGCUUGUGAUGAUGACUCCAAUUUGUUA